UGAACAAGAACACCGAGUGGUUCAUGUACCCCGGGGUCUGGACCACCUACAUCCUGCUCCUCUUCUUCGCCUGGCUCCUCGUCCUCUCCGUCUCCGGCUGCUCUCCCGGGGCCGCAUGGACCACCGUCAACCUCGGCCACUUCGCCAUCACUUACCACUUCUUCCAUUGGAAGAAAGGAACUCCGUUUGCUGCUGAUGAUCAAGGCAUUUACAACAGAUUGACUUGGUGGGAGCAAAUUGACAAUGGGCAGCAGCUUACUCGUAAUAGGAAGUUCUUAACUGUGGUACCUGUUGUUCUGUAUCUGAUUGCGUCACACUUGACUGACUACAACCAGCCAAUGCUCUUCCUCAACACUGUAGCAGUUUUAGUGCUUGUCAUAGCUAAGAUGCCAAACAUGCACAAGGUCCGUAUAUUUGGUAUCAAUGCAGAUAUCUGAGGAACGCUGCAAGCACAAUCUGAACUUCAGCAGUGCAGAACAAUGGCAAGGCAGGAUGAUGCAACCGUAGUACUAUUGUGUGUAACAUCUGUAUAUAGGUUAAGAGCAAACUGUAAAUAUUAACUAGCACACGGGAUUCGGCUACAGAUUCCAGAGAACUCUUGGAAGUGUAGAAUGUAACUUCAAUAAAGAUGCUAAUAUGUGGAUGGAAACUUGCUCA